AUGCUGCAUGCUCGCACUGUGCCUUUUGUGAAGAAAAGGCCGAGAUCAGUGGAUACCGGUGUCCACGGGCGUGAUGGAGUGAAGUUUCAGGAUGUCAAACUGUAUCUGGUGGAGAGGAAAAUGGGCCACAGCAGGAGAAGCUUUCUGACCCAGCUGGCCAGGUCAAAGGGCUUUAUAGUGGAAGACGUCCUCAGCGAUGAAAUCACUCAUGUGGUGUCAGAGGACUGCCAGGCAUCCGUUCUGUGGGCGUGGCUGAAGGGGUGUGGACUGAAGGACGGGGACACACUUCAAGUUUUGGACAUCAGCUGGUUCACUGACAGCAUGAAAGCAGGGAGACCUGUUGCUGUGGAAACCAGACAUCUCAUUAAGCACGCCUUACCCACAUCGCCUGAAGGUUCUGCGCCCACUUCUGCAUACAUAGCCACUGUUUCUCAAUAUGCCUGCCAGAGACGGACAACCAUACAAAACCACAACAAGAUUUUCACGGAUGCAUUUGAAGUGCUGGCCGAAAGCUAUGAAUUCAGCGAGCUCAAGGGCCCAUGUCUGGCCUUCAGACGGGCCGCAUCUAUGCUAAAAAGUCUGCCCUGGACUGUUAAGCAUCUGGAUGCUCUUCAGGAUCUGCCUUGCCUGGGGGAACACACUAAAGCAGUCAUAGAGGAGAUUCUUCAAUGUGGUCGUUCGUCUGAAGUUGAGAAACUGCUCUCUGAUGAACACUAUCAAACGCUGAAGCUGUUUACAAGUGUGUUUGGGGUUGGACCCAAGACGGCUGACAAGUGGUACCGCAGAGGGCUACGCUCAUUCAGCGGCGUGCUGGGGGAGCCGAGCAUUCAUCUAAGCCGGAUGCAGCAAAGCGGUUUUCUGCAUUAUGGAGACAUCUCCAGGGCUGUCAGUAAAGAAGAGGCCCGAGCCCUGGAGACCAUUAUUGAUGAAGCUGUCCGCGUGAUCCCAACGAAUGCCGUACUGGCCCUGACAGGCGGCUUUCGCAGGGGGAAGGAGUUCGGUCAUGACGUGGACUUUAUUCUCACCACGACUGAGAUUGGAAAAGAGGAAAAUCUGCUUUUCAGCGUUAUUGAUCAGCUGAAAAAACAAGGCAUUCUGCUAUACUAUGACCAUCAAGCCUCCACCUUUGAUAUAUCCAAACUCCCCAGCCACAAAUUUGAGGCCAUGGACCACUUUGCCAAGUGCUUCCUCAUACUGCGGCUGGAGGGCAGCCGAGUAAAUGGGGGUCUCCAAAGUCCUGACGGGGACACCAGAGGAUGGCGGGCAGUCCGUGUAGACUUAGUGUCUCCACCUAUGGAUCGUUAUGCAUUUGCUCUCCUGGGCUGGACAGGAUCCAGGCAGUUUGAGCGAGAUCUGAGGAGGUAUGCAAGAAUAGAGCGGAAAAUGCUGUUGGACAACCACGCUCUGUAUGACAAACCAAGAAAGGAGUUCCUGGCAGCUCAGACUGAAAAGGACAUCUUUGCCCAUCUGGGUCUGGAGUACAUUGAGCCUUGGCACAGGAACGCUUAGGCCUGCUGUCCUCUCAGGCUGGACAAAAUCCCACUUAUACAUCAGAGUAUAUCCCAUCUGCUUUCCUCUCUGUGGCUCUCCUCUGAUUCACUUUCAAACAGCUUUUUGAUUUCCAUGCAGUU